GGCUGGGCGCUGGCGCUGUACAACUUGUGAUAUUUAAUAUUAUUGUGUUGUUUUAUUUCGAAUUAGUCAAGUAAUUAUUAUAUCUUUUACUAAUAGAAAUCAAUAUAGGAAAAAAUCGGCCAUUAAUUUUGCGUAAAAAAUAUUUAUUUCAAUAAGUUAUGUUAUAAAAAUAUUAUGUACCCGCGCUGAAAAGCUGAGGUGAUAAUUUUUAUUGAAAAUGGAAGUACAAUCGGCACCAUCUUCUGUUGAUGAAACGAGUCUCCUUUACAAACUACAACGUAAACUAAAAGUGUUCAAUACAUCAAACAAUCUCACUAAUCGUGGCUACAAUCUGCUAGCAACAUCUACUAAGUUUGGGCUUGUGUUUGUCACAUCUCCACAAGGAAUAUUAUGUGUUUAUAACAUCAAAGAAGUUAUUGACUGCGAAAAUAAUCCAAAACAUAUCCCCAUAAAGCUUCCAAUAGAGCCAACACAUGUUGGUACCAACUGUGAUCAAGAAUGGCUUGCAGUAAUUGGUGGACACACUCUCAUGAUAUUUAAUAUUCCUGAUUUUCAAAAUCCUAAUGUUCGACCCUCAGCAACAAUUAGAAUAGAUGUACAACCAUCAACAUUUGUCUCAUCAAUUCAGUGGAAUCCAUGUAUAUCCGAUACAAUUGGUAUUGUUUAUUUUGAUGGCACUUUAGUUGUCAGUCAAGUUAAUACAAUGCAGACGAAAAAAAUUCAAUCUAAGGCCAGGUGCCUAUGUUGGAGUCCUAAAGGAAAGCAACUUGUAACAGGCAAUAUGGAUGGAACAAUAUGUCAAUAUAAACCAGAUCUUACACUAAUGAAAACUGUGCCAGCCCCAAAUAUUUUUGAAAAUGCUCCUCACGAAGCAAUGGCUAUUCAUUGGAUUUCAACUUAUCAAUUUGCUAUUGUGUAUAAGAAACUGAACGAUAAUAGCAGACCAGCGGUGACUAUAGUCAACACUCCAAAAGUUGGGACACCAAUAUGCGUCAAUUUUGAAGAUAUUUGUUAUAGCUUGGGCUCUAAUAGGCCAUGGUAUUAUUAUCUCAUUGGAUUCACACAAUGGAAUUUAAUAUUAACGUCUUCUUCAAACAGUAUUGAAAUUGGUACCCUUGGCUCUAAAGAUGGUGCUACUUGGACUCAGUGGUGUCAAAACGAUGAAGCCAGACCGGAACUUCCACUGACAGAUAAAAAUAUAGAAAAUUAUCCGGUGGGUAUUUGUACCAGUACAAGUGCUGCUCAUCAACUUCCAUGGGGUGAAAACGAAGUACUCCCACCAAUGCCAUUCUUAUUGGUUCUCUCACACACUGGCCUUCUGACGGUCUUCAACAUAAUUAAUAUAGACAGAAAUGCUAGCCAAGUAUGUUCGUCAAUACAGCCUCUGACAUUACCUGCAUCUUCAUUAACAAGUGCUAUCCCUGAUGUUGUAUCAUCACCGGAACCAGCCAAUCAACCAAUCAGCCACCUCCGACAGGCUCUGCAAUCAACGCAGCAAUUUACGAAACAACCACAAGCAGUCCAACAGCCACCUUCAUACCAAGCAGUAACUCCACCAGAAAUGCCACGAAGUUCACAACCAAUUAUAGUGGAAUCUUCUACGCCAAUUAGGGCUAAAACGACACCAGCACCAUCACUGUUUCAAGAAAUAAAGAUGACACCUCAAUCUAAAUCUCAGGUACCAGACAAAGUUCACGAUACAUCUCUUGUGGUCCAAUCAACAUUGAUUGCACAAGCAGAAAUGAAUGCAGCUUUGAAAUGUGAACAGGAGAAAAUUAACAAGGCGAAAGUGAACCAGGAGCUUCAAAACAUGCUUAUCAAAGAAGUAAAUGACUUUCAAAUGGAAUUGUACAAGUUUAGGAAGUUUAUUAUGGAGAAUCUAAAUGAAACACAAGAAGAGAUCAACAGCAUGCAACCCAACAUUGAGCUUCAUGGUCUAAGCCCGGAUCAGGUGAAGCAGGACAGUGAAAUGGAAGAGCUGAGAGACUUCAUCAUUCAGUUGAAGUUAGAGCUGGUUCGCACUUGCGCAGCAGUCGCAGAGGCUAGGACGCAGGCUGAAGUGCAAGAAGAACAUGAGUGGACACAAGCUGAUCCUCUUACAACUAAACGCUUUAACUCAAUCAAACAACUUGCCUUCUAUGUUGAAAAUCAACUGGAACAAGCACAGAAAGCUAUUGAUUAUAAGUGGGCGGAGUUGUUAAAAUACCAAGACAAGAGAUCGGGUCAUCGCAUGAUCCAUCCAAUCCUAGAUGAUGUAUAUCAGCCGCUGGUAAAACAACAGAAUAUCCUUACGCGACAUCAAGCAGUUUUGAAAACAUUGAGGAACACUUUGAAGGAGUGCAGCACAAUGCCAUUCAUAAAAACCGCCUCGUUGUUUAGAUGCACACCUUUUAAAAACACAGAUCCACUAUCGAAAUUAACAAAAAAUAUUCUAAACAUGAGUAUCGAGGCACAGGACACCAAAAAGAAAGGAGUGCUUUCAACGCAUAAAUUAGACGCACUGCGCGACUUUCUGUCCAACCACAAGCCAAAAAAAAUUAAACCAGUGAAUAUAGAAUUACAUAAGCACUUGGCUCAGAGAGAGAUGCAACAAAAAUAUGAGAAAAGUAUACAAGAUCAACGAGAACAAGACAAGCAGAGACAGUCGAUGCAAAAGGAAAUAAAAAAUGAGAUAAAUACGGGACUAAAAACAGAAAUUAAGCAAGAGAAAUUAGACAUUGUAAAACAACAUCCUGUAACCGUUCCAGCGACUAAUAUCAAGCCGGCAGUAGCAAAUGUUGUCAGAACUCUGAAUUUUACUGAGGUUCCAGAGCCGAUAAAAGAACCUGCUGAAAAUAUUUUUGUUGCAAAACCGCAAUUCAAACCUCAAGCUCAGCUGCCUGUAACAAAAAAUGAUUCUAAACCAGCAGCCAUAUCUGAUUCUGGAAACACAAAAGUGGCUACAAAUGAUAACAAAAAUUCUGAAAAUGUCUUUGAUAACCGAAAAAUAUGCUCUCCCUUCGCUUUCAGCUGUCCCAAUGCGCCAACAUCAAUUACCCAGACAAACAUUUUCACCUCAAAACCCAUCGCGGAUAUGACAAAUAUGUUCAGCAAAUUUACACAACAGCUGGCACCAGAAGUGAAAACAGAUUCAAAGGUUAUACCGAGAUCUGAUGAAACCGGUGAGGCUGUGCCAACCACAGAGCCGUCGGUUAUCGUAACGAAACCUGAAACACCUAAAGCUGCAAAUAUUAAACCCAUACAAAAUAUAUUAAGUUUAAAAUCAUCGUCACCUUUAAGCGAUAUUCAAAAUGUUCCCGAUGUCUUAAAGAGCAAUAAAAAUGUUAUUUUUGGGAAAUCAGCCUCUAAAGAAAAUCAAAAAGAGUUGCAUUCAUUAAAGGCGGGUGGAGAUAAGAAAGAAACUAGUAAACCUUUUACUAUUCAAUCUAUGACAAACUUACCUCCUUCAUCCUCUGCUCAUCCGGUGUUUGUAGUUGACCUAAAGAAACCAAAUGAAAUUAAAAUAGAAAAAUCAUUGCCAUCUACUUUCUUUACCCAAACCACAACACCACCAGUUUCUACUGGAGUUCCUUCAUCACAAUCGACAGCAACUUCAGUAGCAAAAAGUACAACGUCGACUACAGAUACGUUCAAAGUACCAGUGUCAUCUACUAUUACGUCAAGAACACCAGAGGCAACGAAAACAGGGCCAGAAAAAUUACCGCAGAUUUCCAAAGCUGAAAGCGUGGCAUCAAAUAAUGAUACAACUUCACCAAUAGUUGAGACUUCUGCUACAGUAAAAAUUAGUUUGAAGCCACAACCAGAUUCAAGUAGUGCGAGAAGUGCAUUUACAGAUAUUUCAAUAAAAACAGAAAAAGCCUCGCAAAAAACUGUUGAAACUGGAAUCACUACAACCGCAACCACCCAAGAAGAAGUAGUAAAAGAUACUUCAACCGUAGCAACUUCUAUGUUAGCCUCAACAACCUCCAAUACGAAUCAGCCUUCUAGUAUAUCUCCAUCUCCACCAAUCAUUGCAUCUGAACCUCCAACUCCAGCAAAUGGGAAUAGUACUAGCCCCACGUCGGCCCAAAGUGUAUUUAGUGCUGCAAAUAAGGUGGUGUUUGGUAUACCAGCUUUGCCAGAUGUUUCUCAAGCGCCGAGUGUAAGUUCAACGACACCAAGUUUUGGAUCAAAUACAUCAACUUUUGGCACAACAUCGGCACCAGCGACAGAUUGUAGUGGCACAACUCAAGCUUCAACAUUAAGUACAAGCCAAUCCAGUCCAUUUGGCACGGCUACCCAGCAAACUUCAAUAUUUGGUACUCCAAAUACGACGUCUCAGACUAUAUUUGGAUCAUCUCCUUCAACCACACCUGCAGCUGUCUUCGCGUCAGCUAAUACAACCCAAGGUUCCAUUUUUGGGUCCCCUGCGCAAACUUCAGUUUUUGGUCAAGCCACUACAACACAAUCAUCCAUUUUUGGUGCAGCACCACAACAAACGUCUAUUUUUGGAUUAAAUGCAAAUGGAACGUCAGUUUUUGGAACAACGACCAGUCAAGCCUCAGCAUUUGGGACUCCAGCAACACAAGCUUCCGUGUUUGGGUCAUCAACGCCACCAACACAAGGUUUUGGAUCUUCACAACCUUCGGUUUUCGGUUCUUCAACACAGAGUUCACUUUUUGGGACAUCAACUACAACUACUCAGAGUGGGUCCCUAUUUGGCGAUGGUGGCGCAAAUUUGUUUGCUUCUGCUAGUAUAUCGACAACAACAGCUUCUCCUCAGAGUGGGGGCAGUAUUUUUGGCAGUCCUGGAUCAGCAUUCGGUAGUACGAAUGUAUUUGGAGGAAAGGCAUCGUUCAAUGGGUCAAAUUCAACUGCCACAAAUAUAUUUGGCGGUGGAUCAUCAACUUUUGCCCAGAAACCGGCGCAAGACUUCUGGGGUAGCGGUAAUACUACAAGUGGAUUUGGAUCUGGUUUUGGCCAACAAUCAAGCCAGCCCUCAGUGUUCGGCAGUCCAGGAGGGAGCUUCAGCCAGCCAUCAACUGCACAACCCUUCAGUAAUCCACAAAGUGAAUCAGCUUUCGGUUCACCGCAGCCUUCUUCUCCUGCAUUUGGUGGAUCACCCGCGUUUGGAAGUAAACCAUCGUUCGGAUCGCCACCUAGCUUUGGAGGUUCAGGUUUCGGUGGCACAAGCGCUAAUCCUGGAUUCGGUUCCUCCGCCACGUUCGGUAGUGGCGCGACUUUCGGUGGGACCGCUUUCGGUAAUACAUCACCAAAAGCUUUCGGUGGAUCUUCCCCAAGUUUUAGUCCUCCAACACAGUCAAAUGCAACAUUUGAGAACCUGGCAACACAGAAUACGCUGACGUUCGGAAACCUCGCGCAACAGACGGGCCCGAGCAGUCCGCCCGCUCCUAGCUUCAACGCGUCACCAUCAUUCACCGCUUGGCGUGGCUGAUACAAGAAACGAAUUACGGGGUUAUUAUGAUAUUGAUGUAACUGUUGAUAAAAUAUUUUUAUAUGGCUUAGUAAUCGAAGAAUAUUAAUAAAUUAAAUGACAGUUUU